AUGCAAGGGGUUUUCAGUUGGUCACGCGCUGCAUAUGAAUUCUCUGUGUAUGCAGGUAUAGAUCUGAUCGCAGCAUUUUAUGGCUGUUUGUAUGCUGGUUGCAUUCCUGUCACCGUGAGGCCUCCACACCCACAGAACCUCUCUGCCACUCUGCCCACUGUCCGCAUGAUCAUCGAUGUCAGCAAGGCUGCUUGCAUUCUCACUACUCAGGUUUUAACGAAGAUCCUCAGAUCUAAAGAAGCAGCAGCUACAGUCAACAUAAAAACAUGGCCCAUCAUAAUAGACACAGAUGACUUGCCUCGCAAACGACCACCCACAAUCUACAAACCGCCCAAUGCUGAGAUGAUUGCCUAUAUGGACUUCAGUGUCUCAACCACAGGCAUGCUGACAGGAGUGAAGGUCUCUCAUGCGGCGGUGAGCGUUCUCUGUCGCUCUAUAAAGCUACAGUGUGAGCUGUACUCCUCUCGCCAGAUCGCCAUCUGCCUCGACCCCUACUGUGGACUUGGUUUUGUGCUCUGGUGCCUUGCGAGUGUAUACUCAGGUCAUCAGUCCAUCUUGAUCCCUCCUAUGGAGCUGGAGAUCUCACUGACCCUGUGGCUGGGCACGCUCAGUCAGUACCGCAUCAGAGACACCUUCUGCUCCUAUUCUGUCAUGGAGCUCUGCACCAAGGGCCUAGGCGGACAGACAGACAUACUGAAGGCACGUGGUGUGAACCUGUCAUGUGUGAGGAGCUGUGUGGUGGUUGCUGAGGAGCGUCCACGCUUGGCUCUUACACACUCCUUCUCCAAACUGUUCAAAGACAUUGGACUCUCCAUGCGGGCUGUCAGCACCGCUUUUGGGUCGAGAGUAAACCUGGCCAUCUGCCUUCAGGGUACCACUGGACCAGACCCCUCAACUGUGUAUGUGGACAUGAAGUCCCUCCGACAUGACCGGGUGAGGUUAGUAGAGCGAGGAGCACCUCAGUCUCUUCCUCUCAUGGAGUCUGGAACAAUUCUUCCUGGUGUGAGGGUGAUCAUAGUCAAUCCAGAAACUAGAGGACCGCUAGGGGACUCUCACCUGGGAGAG